AUGACAGAAUAGACAAAUAUUGGAAAUCUUAUAUAUGUGUGCAUCAUAACAGUUUCCUAUUCAGGAGCUAUAGGAUUAUGUAGAACAGUCAUAUUUUCAACAAUCUUGAAGAUAGAUGACUAAGUAAUCAAUUCUGUCUCACUUGGAAUAUUUACACUAAUUUUUCUAUUUGGACCAUUUUCAUUACCUUUAUUUCAAAGAAUUAUCCAAAAAUUCACCUAUAAGUAUUAUAUCUUUAUUUGAAAUAGAGCAGUAUUUUGCAUAACAAGUUUUGUUAAUGUUAUCAGUACAACACUAUAUAUAAUUGUUAUUGAGUAACAACCUAAAAAGAUUUAUUUGAUCAUAACUAUUUUGAUCUUUGAAGCUAUAGCAGCUCCUUUUUUAGCUAUAUUUUAUUGUGCUUACAAUUAUUAUGUUCGUAGCAUUUCCAAUUCUAAAAAUAUUGGAAUAUAUUUUGGAAUUGCCUACUCUUUAUUCAGCAUGUAGAAUUUCAUUGGAGAUAUUUAUAUUACUUUUGCAAAUUCAAUGUAUGAAUAUAACGAAUAUUUCUAUUAUCCAAUGUUAUUUAUAUCAUUGAUCAUAUCAAUUUUAUAUCUUUUUAUCUAAGAACCUAAAUUUGAAUAUAAAUCAACAUCUACUUAAAGUAUUGAUUUACAUCAAAUGAUGAAUCAACAUAUUUAUGGUUCAGAAGAAGAAUAGAAUUUACAAUAAAGAAAUGAUGAUCCAUCUUAUUCAAAUUAAUUCAUUUAAAUUUGGAGCAUAUAAAAAAAGGAUCCACUUUUUAUUUAUAUAAUCCCUACUAUUAUUUCUUUAGGAAUAUUUUCAGCCUUUAAUGUUGUUUACUCAUAAAAUAUGAUUGUACCUCAUUAUAAUAUUUAAUUAAAUCAAUAACUUAUUGCUGGUUUAACACUCCAUGGAAUUGGACAAUUCUUAGGUGGUAUUACUGUAGGAUUGAUAUCUGAUAUUUAUGGAUACGUUAAUAUACUAAUUAUACUAUAGAUUUUUGCCAUUUUUACUUACAUAAUUUCAGUAAAUUUAUAAUAUUAAAUAAGGAUUAUUGGUGA